CUUUAUUACAAAAACGAGCAUUAGUUUGAUUUAUUCAAAUGUUUUUUCCCAAUUAUUAUCAUCAUCAAAUUUUCAACAUUUUAUCAAGAAAAUUUCAAAAUUCUAUCAUUGUUUCAAAUUAUUUUCCCCGAAAAACAAUACAUUCAAGUCAAAUUUAUCAGAAAUUUAUUCCGGAUAAAAGUCGUUUACCAAUAUUGAAUGAAAACGAUUUUGAAGAACAAUUUGUACAAGGAAGUGGUCCUGGUGGACAGAAUGUAAAUCGUUUACAAAAUUGUGUUGUACUUAAACAUAUACCAACCGGUAUUAUUGUUAAAUGUCAUCAACAACGUUUAUUACAACAGAAUCGUAAAUUAGCAAGAAAAUUAAUGUUAGAACGUUUAGAUUUACAUUUUAAUGGACCGGAUUCAAUUGUUGAACAAAAAAAACGUUACAUUCUUCAACGAUUAAAUGAUCGUGAACAAAAAUCUUCGGAAUUACGUUUGAAAAAAUCUGAAUAUCAAAAACUAUAUCAACAAUCACGUCAACAAAACAAACAGCAACAAAAACAACAACAAGAAUCAUCUGAACAAUCAGAAUGAAUCAAAUGCAAUAAAACAAUCAUCAUCUUCAUAUCUUUUGAAAAUAUUAAAAUUAGCCAUCAAAACAGAAAAAAAAUUCCAUUUAAAAUCAAGUCAUGUUUUAUACAUGGAAAGAA